ACGACUCCAAAAACCGAGCCGCCGCGUAAGCCAUCGACAGCGUGGUGGACCCCGCGCCAGCCUUGGCCUCCACCACCUCCGUCCCCGCAUUCUGUAUCCUCCCCGUCAGCUCCGCCACCUCCUCCGGCGAGUAACUCGUCAAAGGCCGCGUCUUCGAGAGGGCAAAAUCGUAAUUCCGGCGUGCCCCCCAACAACCGGCACGUCAACAUCAAUCAGCUUCAAGCCCUUCUUCUCGGCAACGAACAUGUUGGCUCGGACCACGUCGAGAGUCGUCACGCCGAAAAGCCUCUUGGGGUCGUAAACCCCUUUCCGUUUCAAAACCUCGGCCGCGAUCGGGACGGUCGAGUUGACCGGGUUGCUGAUGAUGUGGACGAACGAGUCGGGACAGGUGUCGGCCACGGCCUCGACGAGGCUCUUCACGAUGUUGGCGUUGAUGUUGAAGAGGUCGUCACGAGUCAUCCCGGGCUUGCGCGGGACGCCGGCCGGAAUUACGACGACGUUGGCGUCUUUCAGGCAGCCGGAAAGCUCGGAAGCUCCGGUGAAGUCUUGGACGGUGGACGGGGUGUUGCAGUGGCUGAGGUCAGCGGCGACGCCUUUCACAUCGGCUAUGUCGUAGAGGUUGAGGGACGAGACGAGAGGGAACAUUUUCGCAAGGAGGGCCAAAGGCUGGCCGAUUCCACCGGCUGCGCCGAGAAUGGCGACUUUGAAGGAAGCUUGGGUGGCAAAAGGCCGUUUUUUUAUGGGUUUUGGUUUGUGGAGUGGGAGGAAGUGAAAGUGGGGGUGAAGGAUGAGUUUAGGCGGCUGUGGGUUUGUAGGGAAGGCGUAGGCCGGAAGGCUCGGGAUUGCAUUCGGUGGCCGGAGAUGGGAGAUCCGAUCAAGAGUGUGGCCGCCAUCGAGAAUGAAACCUGCGUGUAG